CACCUUCGGGCCAAUCACAUCACACUCUGCACUAAGAAAGGAAGGCACUAGACUUUUCCAAAAGUUAUAACAUUGGGAAGAGUCGCUCUUUAACAAGGGACGACCGUUUUCGUCCUCGUUCCGCUUCGAAUUAUGUGGAGCGAUUGAGCAAAGAAGUCUCCGUCUCACGUUAUUUCUUAUUUUGUUUUGUUCCUCAUCAUGCUUCCCAGCCUGAUUCCAUCGCCUUCAGUGUCCUGGCAGGUGCUGGGCCCACCUCAGCUCCCUGCAUUGCACAACUUGGGCAAAAGUUUUCUAAUUGACAAUUUGCUUCGGAUAAAUGGUCCCUUGAACCCCCCGCUUCGACCAAUUCCUGCAAACCCUGUGCCAGUGAAAGUGGCCCAAACUGCGGAACAAAUCGGCCCAUCGGGAGGUCCACAUCCUACAAGAUCCUCCUUUCAGCUCGUUAACCCCUCAGACAACCAGCCGGCUCCAGUCACCUCCACCAGCCAAACAGUCACAUACCCUGAUAUAGCUUUAUCCAAGUGUUUUCUGCCAAGUUUCCCGCAGGUCCUCUUGGCUUGCUGUGGUGGGUCCUGUCAACAGCAGGUCUCCCCCACUGAUUUUCCAAUUAGCAGUUCUUUCAGGAACUGUGAAUUUCCCCUUUGGCCUCAGGUUAGUCACAACAAGGUGCGAAGAGGAAUCCUGCGGAGAGUUGUCUUUUCUGAAGAACAGCGGAAAUCACUGGAGAAGACCUUUCAAAAGCAGAAAUACAUUAGCAAGACCGACAGAAAGAAACUGGCCACUCAUCUUGGUCUUAAAGAUUCACAGGUAAAAAUCUGGUUCCAGAAUCGAAGAAUGAAAUGGCGAAAUACUAAAGAGAGAGAACUGCUCACACAAGGAUAUUCCCUGGAACAUACAUUACAAGAGAAACAUCUCUCAACCACUGAUUCAAACAAUGGUAUUGCAAAUGAUCCUGACCGAAAAUCAACACAUUUGGACCAGUCUCCAACGUGCAAAUACACUGCAUUAACGUCAAUGUCUCAGAGUAGUCAGUCUGGCGAGAACAGAGUUCCAGAUGUGAAAGUAGAAAUAUUAAAAACAUCUCCACACUCCCACUCUAUUCUGCAUGAUAAAUACAUCUGAGCAUUAAAUUCCCAGUGAGCACCAAUAGUCAUCACUGUACUGAUACUGUAUUUCAAGUGAUCCAUUCCCCUUUCAAAUAAGGGGCUCGCACUUUUUUGGAGACAUUUCCUGCAACUUUAGCACCAGUGCCUGAAAUAUUGCAUGCCUGCAAUAAUGCUGUCAAUGUAAUUUAUUGCAUUCAGAUGCUAUCAAGCAGUGAUUCAUUUCUAGAUCUUCAAAGUUAAUUACCUUUGUUAAUUUUUAUUUUAGGAAAGACGUUGACUUUAAAAUAUGCAUGUUUUUACACUUGGCCAAUAUUUUUCAAUUUGAAUUUGCCAAAUGUAACACGGCCACCAUGGACAGUGGUUUGAUAUGUUAAAACAAAUAAAGCAGAGUCUAAUACAGGAUAAUAAUUGUAUUCUACAUUGUAACAUUUAUAUUAAAAUACAAGGGCAUCAAUACAAAUGUUAAUAUCAUUUUCCUUUGGAAGGAUGUUGGGUAAUACAAAAUUUAGCAUUGCCAUCAUAUUUAAUCAUUAUAGGCAUAUUUUUAUUAACCAUGUAGAUAUAAGUAGCCAUCAAGCACCCGUUCACACGAUGUGCGUAGGAAAGAACUGCAGAUGCUAGUUUAAACCGAAGAUAGAAUCAAAAUGCUGGAGUAACUCAGUGGGACAGGCUGCAUCUCUGGAGAGAAGGAAUGGGUGAUGUUUUGGGUCGAGACCCUUCAGUCUGCUGCCUGUUCCGCUGAGUUACUUCACCUAUUACCUGUUGACAUGAUUCUGGCGGUGCUGAUAUCAGACAAUAAGUAAACAUGAACCUGUUUAGCACGUGGAUGAGAAAUACACUUGGAGAUGUAAUAGAUGGUGCUGGAAAUGAUCUAUGUUAUUUGCAGUGUGCAUUAUAUCUACAUACAGUGUAUGUAGAUGAUUUGGAAUGAGGUGAAGGUACCUGCCUCAACUACAUCCUCUGGCAGCUUGUUCAAUACACCCACCAUCCUUGGUGUAAAAACAUUUGCUCCUCAGCUUCCUAUUAAAUCUUUCUCCCUCAAAAACCUAUGUCCACUGGUUCUCGAUUCCCCAACACUUGGCAAAAGGCUCUGUGCGUUUACCAGAUCUACAGUACUCCUCUCGUGAUUUUGUACACCUCUAUAAGAUGUUCUCAUCCUCCUGCCCUCCAACGAAUAAAGUCCUAGCCGGCUCAAUCUCUCUCUGUAUCUCAGGCCCUAGAGUCCUGGCAACAUCCUGGUAAAUCUUCUCUGCACCUUUUACAAUUUGACACCAUCUUUGCUAUAACAUGGUGACCAAAUAAAAACGGAAAAUGUUGGAAAGUUCAUGGGUAUCUGAAAGAAGAAGGAAUGAAGGCAAGAUUGCAGUUUAGGUGGAAGGAAAAGUAAGUGUUGAUUGUUGGUGUCAUCAAGAGCUUGUAAAUCAAGAGAUCGCAGGAAGAUGGGAUGAGUAAGAUGUGAGAAGGAGCAGGGAUGAGUAAAGUGUGACCUAUAAUUUCAGUCUGUUGUUGACCAUGGUCUCACCAUUAGUCAGCGGCAUGAUAUUGGGCACCAACUACACUGUGGUUGGAUGCAUGCCUGGGCCCCCUCCUUCCCCAUCGAUAAACCCCAGUUCUGUGCCACCUUUUCCUUUUGGGUGGUAUUGUUAAGGAGGAAGUGCUGGCAGAUUAGAGACGUAUGUCGCAUGCAGUAAAUCUUUCUCCCCUCACCUUAAACCCAUGUCCUCCGGUUCUUGAUUCUCCUACACUGGGUAAAAAAUUCUGCAUUUAUCCUAUCUAUUCCACCUAUGAUCAUAUACACCUCUAUAAGUUCACUCCUCAUCCUCAUGCAUUCCAAGGAAUAAAGUCUAAGCCUGCUCAAUCUUUCCCUGUAGGUCAGGCCUAAGCUUCCUGGCAACAUCCUCGUAAAUCUUCUCUGCAUCCUUUCCAUCUUAACAACAACUUUCAUAUAUGUUGAUGUCAACAGCAGGUUGCAUCAGUGAUCCCUUGGAUAAUAUAUAAUGUAUGCUCAGCUUUUGCACAUCUCUAGAUAAAAUCACAUUUUGAAUUAGAUUGCAAACUCCAAACAUGGCUACAUAUUUAUCUAGUUUACCCAUUAAUAAUACCGUGUGCAGCAUAGACCAUAGGUGUUCAGUGUAUUCAGUAACAACUGCUAACUAACUACACAGCUGGAUUUAUGAAGACUAUGUUUACCUGUUAUUCAUUUUAAUCUCCCUACAUAGAAAGUUUAAUGUCCUAAGGUGACUUAUUGGAAACAUUUUAUUAGCAAAGUUUUCACAGUUUAUCUGUCUGUGGGUUGCAUAUGUGCAUUUGGCCCGAACAAUUUAAUCUUACACUAAUUAGCCACUGGAACUUUUUUGAGUCAUUAUACGGCAUAUUAGUAAUUCACAAAACUGUUACUAUUAUCAAUAAAUGUCAAAGUAGCAGCAUUUUAUAUGGAAACAAAUAAUGA